AAUUCAUUAACAACAACUUAAUACGCUUAUUAUAUUUAGCAAGAUUAUUCAAUGUGAACAACCAUAUUAAAUGUGUUCGGUUUUUAGCAAAUGAAAUCGAAAUUUCAUAUGCCGAUGAUAGUAUACGCCAGUUUUGCUUCCGAAAGUUGGGAUUCAGCGAAGAUCUCAACUUCGCGAGCAAACUAUCUGGCGAGAUUGACAAGUUACUUGAAGUAAGCUCGGAUCCUCACGAAGAUGAUAAAAUUUUCAAAGUUUAA